AUGCUACCUUUAGAGGCUGUAACUAGGGAUGUGGGAGCACCCAGGGAGGGGCCCGGCGACGGCCGGCUGGGCCAAGAAGAGCGCGCCCAGCAGCCCCGCCGGCACCUCAGGGUGUUUUGGAGGCCCACGUGGUCCCGCCUCAUUGGCUCUCAGGGAGCUCCAGCCCCGAGGAGGCGGAGCCGCCACCGCAGCUGUAGUUCCCGAGUUUCCUCAUCCGGCUCCUUAACAAAAUAUCUUGUUAAGUGUAAAUUGGAGAUUUGCUUUUUUUUUUUUUAUUGUUUUUGGUUUCUCUAUAACAACAGUACAAGGCAACAAACUGAAGCAAGAGAUGACCUGCAUUGCCCUUGUUGUACUCUGAACUGCCGCAAACUUUAUAGUUUACUCAAGCAUCUUAAACUCUGCCAUAGCAAAUUUAUCUUCAACUAUGUUUAUCAUCCAAAAGGUACUAGGAUAGAUGUUUCUAUCAAUGAGUGUUAUGAUGGCUCCUAUGCAGGAAAUCCUCAGGAUAUUCAUCGCCAACCUAGAUUUGCUUUUAGUCGCAACGGACCAGUUAAGAGAACACCUAUCACACACAUUCUUGCGUGCAGGCCAAAACGAACAAAAGCAAGCAUGUCUGAAUUUCUUGAAUCUGAAGAUGGGGAGGUAGAACAGCAAAGAACAUAUAGUAGUGGCCACAAUCGUCUGUAUUUCCAUGGUGAUACCUGCUUACCUCUCCGCCCACAAGAAAUGGGUAGUGAAGAUGAAAAGGAUCCUGAAUGGCUAAGAGAAAAAACCAUUACACAAAUUGAAGAAUUUUCUGAUGUUAAUGAAGGAGAGAAAGAAGUGAUGAAACUCUGGAAUCUCCAUGUCAUAAAGCAUCGGUUUAUUGCUGACAAUCAAAUGAAUCAUGCCUGUAUGCUUUUUGUAGAAAAUUAUGGACAGAAAAUAAUUAAGAAGAAUUUUUGUCGAAACUUUAUGCUUCACCUAGUCAGCAUGCAUAACUUUAAUCUUAUUAGCAUAAUGUCAAUAGAUAAAGCUGUUACCAAGCUCCGUGAAAUGCAGCAAAAAUUAGAAAAGGGGGAAUCUGCCGGGCGCGAAAAGGGGGAAUCUGCUUCCCCUGCAAACGGAGAAAUAACUGAAGAACAAAAUGGGACAGCAAAUGGAUUUAGUGAAAUUAACUCCAAAGAGAAAGCUUUGGAAACAGAUAGCGUCUCAGGGGUUUCGAAACAGCGUCUCAGGGGUUUCAAAACAGAGCAAAAAACAAAAACUCUGAAAAGAUCUAACCCCGUGUUAUGGACAAACACUGAAAUUACAUUUUAGGGAAUUCAUCCUCUAAGAAGAAUUAUGUUUUUGUUUUUAAUCAUAGGUUCCAAACAGGCACUGUUAGAUGAAGUAAAUGAUUUCAACAAGGAUAUUUGUAUCAGCGUUCUACUUCACUUCAUUAUGCAGCAUUACAUGUAUAUCACUUUUAUUGACAUCAUUAAAACAUUCUGUACUUUAAGCAUGAAAAGCAAUAUUUCAAAGUAUUUUUAAACUCAACAAUUGCCAUCAAAUAUGUUGAAUUGAUAAUCUAGAAGUUAUUUCAUAUAUAAAUUAGAAUUUUUUUGCAUUUAUGACUGGCUGUUUUUCUACUUUGUAAUUGUGAGACAUUUUCUUGAGGAGAGAAAAUUGGAAUGGUUCCCUUUUUUAGAAAUUGAAGUGGUCUUCAUAUAUCAACUACAGAAAAGGGAAAAAAUAGAAAUUGAA